GCGGCCCGUAGGCUUGCGUGUUUUCGGUGGACCAGCUGAAGCGCCAUUUUAGAGCUUUAAGGCUUUUUUUAAGAGAAGUAAAUCAUAACUUUAUGAAAAAUGAGGAUUUUUAGAUCGACAAGGAGACGAAAAUGAUAGUCCGCUGUAAGCCAUGAUAUUAUAGGGGGAGUUAUUUUGAUAAAGUAGAUAUUUGAGGGCGGUUAAAGAAGGGAAGGGUGGUUUUGGGGGUUUGUUUUUCUGCAUGUUUUGUUUAUGCGUUAGCUGGAGACGCAAAAACUUCCACAGCUCCACUCGGAUAUGGCCUCUUCUAAUCCAGACAUGUCGGAAGUGCCUUCGUUGGGAAUGGCUGGAGCAAUCAUGCCAAAGGGUACCAAGCGGUCAGCCAGCUCUGACUUUGAGGAUGAUGAAGGAAGUAAGAUGUUUCGAGGUGAUGAUGAUGCAGGCACCUCAAACGACAAAGAACGCUUUGCAAGGGAGAACCACAGUGAGAUCGAGCGUCGGCGGCGGAACAAGAUGACUGCUUACAUUACUGAAUUGUCCGAGAUGGUGCCCACAUGCAGCGCACUGGCACGAAAACCAGACAAGCUUACCAUUCUGCGCAUGGCUGUGUCGCAUAUGAAAUCUUUGGAAGGCAGCGGCAACACAAGGGCUGAUGGAGCGUAUAAGCCAUCCUUCCUUACAGACCAGGAGCUGAAACACUUAAUUUUGGAAGCAGCAGAUGGAUUCCUGUUUGUGGUGUCGUGUGACAGUGGACGAGUUGUUUAUGUCUCAGACUCAGUCACACCCGUCUUGAACCAGUCUCAGUCUGACUGGCUAGGAUCGUCUUUGUAUGACCAGCUCCAUCCAGAUGACAAGGAAAAACUAAGAGAGCAGCUCUCCACCACUGAGAACGCAAACAGUGGGCGGAUGCUGGAUCUGAAGACGGGUACAGUGAAGAAGGAGGGUAGCCAGUCGUCGGUGAGGAUGAGUAUGGGGGCACGCCGUUCCUUCAUCUGCAGAAUGAGAUGUGGUACUUGCCCCGUCGAGCCAGUGUCCAUGAACAGACUCGGCUUUCUGAAAGCCAGAAACAGGAAUGGGUUGGGCCCUCCUAAAGAUGGAGACCCUCAUUAUGUGGUUGUGCACUGCACUGGCUACAUCAGGUCAUGGCCUCCUGCAGGCGUUUCUCUUUCUGAAGAAGAGUGUGACAAUGGUCAAGGGAACCGUUUCUGUCUAGUCGCCAUUGGAAGACUACAGGUAACUUGUUGCCCAAGUGACAACAGUUUAAACCGGAUCAGUGUCCCUGUCGAGUUCAUUUCUCGCCAUAAUUGCCAGGGCACGUUCACAUUUGUAGAUCACCGCUGUGUGGCUACAGUGGGCUAUCAGCCUCAGGAACUUCUGGGGAAGAACUUUCUUGAACUGGCCCAUCCAGAGGACCAGGGCUUACUCCGAGACAGUUUACAGCAGGUUGUGAAACUGCGUGGUCAGGUUCUGUCAGUGAUGUUCCGGUUUCGAGCCAAAUCGCGGGAGUGGAUCUGGAUGAGAACCAGUUCUUUUACCUUCCAGAACCCAUAUUCAGAGGAGAUAGAGUACAUUAUCUGCACCAACGCCAAUGUCAAUAAAGCUCCAAAUCAGGAUGCCCUCUCCCCUUUGUCCUCCCCGAGGGGGGCACUGCCCCCUUCUCUGGGGCAGAACAUUCCCAACUGCCCCUCUGCCUCCAGCCCGGGGCAAAUGAGCAACAGGCAGUUGCAGCAGCAGCAGGCAGAGCUGGAUGGAGGUGCAGGAAGAGACGACAUAUUUGAGGCUGGACCGGUCUCUCUUCCUCAGGUUCCAGUGCAACCAGUAGGAGCUGUUGGUGUUGAUCCCAAUCAUUCUAAGGUUAUGCCCUCUGCCGCACCCCCUGCAAGUCAGCAGGUUUACCAAUCAGCUGCUCCGUUUAGUGCUGCAGCUCGACCCAGCGAACCUUUCAGGACCCCACCAAUGGCUCAGCAAAUUGCCCAGCCCCCUCCUUCUGCAGGUCAGCUCCUUGCACACAUGUCCCGUCAGAGUGCCCCUCCCUCUGGACCUGCAGUAAAUGGAACCAGCCCCAUUCAGGUGCAGACGGCUAACGCAGCGCCCCCCGGAGCCUGGCCCAACGCACGCCCUCCCUUCAGCUCACAGCAGGUGGGAGGACAGCCAGCAAAGAAUCAAUCACCUCAGUUUGCCAUGGGAGCCUUUAACCCUGCCCCUUCCUCCUCAUCAUCUUCCUCGUUUGGGCAGAUGGGUGGAGUUUCCGUCAAUGUUCCAUCAAACACCUCUAACUACCCUCAGCUCAGCAACCGCAGUAAUCCUUCUGCCAACAGUUAUAGCGAUGUCACUCAGGCAGGGUCUCAGUUCCCCUCCAGACCAGCAGAGGCAUCAGGCUGGCAGCAGUGGCAGAACCAGCCACACACGCAAAGCAAUGCAGACACACAUCCUCACAUACAGAAUAACCAGCCAGAGAUGUUCAAUGAUGUUCUGUCGAUGUUGGAUCAGUCUGCGAAUUUCAAUAGUGAAGAUUUUGGAGAAAUCCCCAUGUUCCCUCCCUUUGCUGAUUGAGCCGUCUUUUCUGUCAUCUGUUUUUUUUUCUCCUUUCAUCUGUAUUUUAAUUUCUUCAGUUUAAAUGACUACACAGCAACAAGAUGGAGCAAACAGUGUAAAGGAGGAACUGUUUAAAGCCAUAACGCAAGGAAAAAGUGAGGGAGACAAACCGAAAGUAGCACACGAGAGCACAGUCCUGCCAGGCUGAUUCUCAGCAGUGUUUGAGUUGAGAUUGCUCAGCUGUGGAAGUGACUCUGUGCUCAAACCACGCACAAGCAAACUAAAAGAGCACGACAAGUCCUACACACUGAGUUACUUUCCCUAUCUCUACCACCCUACAUAAUGCACACAGGCACUCAUUUGUGCACAGGUUCGAAAUUCAGGCUCUACUCUAGUCUCAAAAGUCCCUGAGAUAAGAGUGUCUGGUGAGUAUAAUUAUUGCACUACCCCCUUUUUUCCUAAAUAUCACACUAGGUUCUGAAAGUUUGUUCCCUCAGUUCAUGUUCUCACACUUCCCUAUUAGCAAGGAUGGACACCGCCUGUCAAAUGUUUGGUUACACUUUGAGUAAUGUUUUCACUGUUACUUUUGGUAAUGGUUUGAAUAAUUUUAGGUUUCACACUUGUUAAACAGAUUGAAUAAUAAUUUUUUUAAAGAAAGCUGCCAAAAGCUGAAAAGCUUGGUAUGUAAUGUGAAGUUCUAACCAUGAAAGAAAACCUAGUGUUUUAUAUAUUUAGAUUUUUUUUAAAGUGCUAAACCUUUGAAGGGUAGUGUCAUUAGUUACAUAACGGAGACCUGAACACACUUAAUGCACGCACACAUUUAGUUCCUCCUGUGUGCUCUCAUGAGAUUUUAUUAUUCUGUUUGCUCAGUAAUUUUUUUUUACAAGAACAAUGAUAGGAAAAGCAAUAAUUACAGGCAGGGCAUGAGUAUUUUUAAGCCAUUUUAUAUUGUUUCAUUAUCUAAUUAAAAGGCCGUACAGUAGCUACAACAUUGAAUGUAGCUAUUACACAGUUAGAGCCCAGCAGUCUUUUGACUAACUCUAGGAUCUACAACAACUCAAAUUUUUCCUAUAGUAUAAUUUACUCAAAACUCAGACCACCACCAGCACAACCAUUUUAUUUAAUUCUAACUAAUUUAGACAUUUUUAUGAUACUUAUAUUUUAAGUAAAGCGAUUGCUGUGUAAAAUCACAUGUUGAACCAUUUUGGAUGUUCUCUGCAGUCUAUAGAUGGUCAGGUCAUCUACAACUGGACCUUUUAUGGUCCAUUAUGGUAACAUUUAGGCAGAUAAAUUCUGCUUAAACUCAGCUGCACUCAGUAAUCCAAAGGUUCCUGCUUCAUGUUUUAUCCAGACCUCUUCUGUUUUUUUUUUCUUUCUAUUGAAUGUUUAAACUGUCAGCAUAUGCAUUUGGAAAAUGCAGAAACUGGCAUCAGUUCCUCUUUCUUGCAGUGGCGAAGGUGGUGUUCUGGUGUAUUUGUUGUAAUGUAUUUGUUUCAAACCACUUUGGUUUUCGUCCAGGUUUUUACAACGAUGUGAAUUGCAGUUUAUAAAUUACACAUAGAUUCACAAAUAUAUGAAAAUAUAUGUAUAUGAAAUGUUAAACAGGCGAAAGAGAAAUGUCUGGCUUUUUGUAUUAAAUUGUUAUAUUGUCAGAAAAA